CAGUCCCAUUGGGAACAACAGUUCUUUGAUUCCCUUGUGUUUUUCCUCUCCUUUGAGUAGUGGUGCCCAGUAAAUGUUUAUGAGAGGCCUGCUCUAUGCCAGGCACUGUUCUUGGCAGAGAGGGUAGCAUAGUGAAGAAACCUUAGCCGUGCCAUCUGAUCAGAGGUGCUCACCCCUUCUGGCAGGUGGCAGUGACUUCUGCCCACCUGAUCCAGUCCGGCAGCUUUACUUCUUACCCGAGCCCUUCCUAGCUUGACAGGCUGCAGGCACAGUGCUCCCUGACAUGGCUUUAAAGGACAGGAAUAUGCAGGUCAAGGCUGGAGUGGUGCUGGGGAAACACAGCGUGGUGGCUAGUGGGUGCGUGGAUGACAGGCUCUAAGAGCAGGGAGUUUUGAAAGGGACCUGGAAGGUUGACGUGUAUUACAACAGGCUAAGGAGGAUAAGAUGCAGGGGAUAAUGGAGCUGGUGAAUUUUCAAGACACAAGCAGAGGUCCACAGGCUGCUCUCUAGCUGAUCCCCAGUUCCUCUUCUUGCUCUUCCUUGAUGAUGCCACUAGGAAGCACUGUAGCUCCAUGCACCACUAGCCUGUGGGGCAUUGCUGGGGAGAUUCUGUUGAGUGCAUGCAUGGUGGAAAGGGUUAGCUUCUUCCUGCCAGGCUGUCCUAGGAUGAUGGGGGUGGAGGGAGUGUGCCUCAGAGGGCAGCCCAGAGACCCAUCUGAAAGUCUCUUACCUUUGUUACCUCUUUUUAUCCCUUCCUGAGACCCCAGAGCCAGGUACAAGUAAUGUACCAGUGGGUCUCCUUUCUGGAGUGAGGGACUCUGUUUUCAGGAUAAGUAGGGACUGUUCCUAAAGGGAAGGAGGACUGAUUGCAGCCUUUGAGCCUCUUACCCCAGUGUUGGUGUCUCAGGCCCUGCCACGCCUUAGAGAUCCUCUAGAUGGGGACCAGGGUCGACUGAGCUGCUGCUGAAGCCUUUAUUCUCACCCCCAACUAAAGCUCUCCCCAAACAUGGCCAACAAGGGACCUUCCUAUGGCAUGAGCCGUGAAGUGCAAUCCAAAAUUGAGAAGAAGUAUGAUGAGGAGCUGGAGGAGCGGCUGGUGGAAUGGAUUAUAGUGCAGUGUGGCCCUGAUGUGGGCCGCCCAGACCGUGGGCGCCUGGGCUUCCAGGUCUGGCUGAAGAAUGGUGUGAUUCUGAGCAAGCUGGUGAACAGCCUGUAUCCUGAUGGCUCCAAGCCAGUGAAGGUGCCCGAGAACCCACCCUCCAUGGUCUUUAAGCAGAUGGAACAGGUGGCUCAGUUCCUGAAGGCAGCUGAGGACUAUGGGGUCACCAAGACCGACAUGUUCCAAACUGUUGACCUCUUUGAAGGCAAAGACAUGGCAGCAGUGCAGAGGACCCUGAUGGCUCUGGGUAGCUUGGCAGUGACCAAGAAUGAUGGGCACUACCGUGGAGAUCCCGGCUGGUUUAUGAAGAAAGCCCAGGAGCAUAAGAGGGAAUUCACAGACAGCCAGCUGCAGGAGGGAAAGCACGUCAUUGGCUUACAAAUGGGCAGCAACAGAGGAGCCUCCCAGGCUGGCAUGACGGGUUACGGAAGACCCCGGCAGAUCAUCAGUUAGAGGAUGAGGGCCAGCCCCCAGCCCCACCCUUCCCCAGCUCAAUGGCUGCAGCCGUCCUGCCUAGCCCACCUUACCCACACAUGUGUAGUUCUUCAGCCCCAGCCAAGUUUCCAGGCUCAGAGGCUCCAUCACUGAGCAAAGGGGACUGUGCUUGGGCAACUCCCCCCGACCCGACCCCUCGGCCUGACUUCUGACCCCAAACACUGCUCCCCAGACCUCUUCCUAGCUCCCUCGCCAUCUCUACUGUCUCUCCCCAUCCUGGGCUGAGCAGGGGGGGUUUGGGCUGGGGGUGGCCUGGGUGUGGGGCACGUCCUCUGUCCUUGGCAGCACAUGCCCAUUGAAGGAGACCCAGCCCAAACUCCCUCCAAUUUUUGCUGGAAAUUUUGGGGGUUGAAAUUCAAAAUGGAAAAAAAUACAUUAAUCUUUUCUCA